GUCUUGGUUUGUAGACCCCGAUUCAAGGGUCUCGCGGAGAGGCAUUUGCAGACAACGUCUGUUGCCAAUGCAGUCUCCAUUUGAUUGAGACGCCAAAUGCCUCGUCGGCCGCCGACUGAGGCGAGUGGAGCUGCUGCAGACCCCAGACGCGCAGUGUGCUUACUAGGUAAGAGGGGUUCUUACGGUACCUCGCUUGCCCUGCCUAAUCAAGUGCCAAUGAGGCUGGAGAGCAACCCCCACGCCUUCAGGUGCGCAUAUUCUGUAUGCCAAAUUUGACUCCAUCAUCUAUCCCCAGCAAGAUCCUCGAUAUAUGGCGCAAGAACUAUUGUUAUCAAGGCCACCAGGUGGUCAAAGACCCGUCACAUCACAAGGAUUUGCAAUUCACGCUUCUGGUUCAAGCACAGCUUACAAAACAACUGCCAGGCAUUGCAUGCGGCAAUUGCGCUGCAUGGACAGCAUUAGCAGCAGCAUCAAUGCUUCAUGACGUCCGUGUACUGUGCCUCUUCCCAGCACAGUGGCACGUUUGGAGAAAAUGCACUCCAAUGCUUUGGCCUCAUACCGAUCCUCAGGAAGACUUUCUGCAAGUCUCCAAGUCGACCCAAGAAUUGUGCGACGGGAGUGACUGGCAGGAUCGCUCCAAAGAGCACGCACGCGCUGUCGUCUUACGGCAUAGGCGAUCAAGCGAGGCUGUGGCGCCUAUCACCCGUCCACUCUCUCGCUCUUUCAGUAUGCGCCGAGGUCACGUCCAAGGAAAUUGCGCCUGUGGCUGGUAUCUCGACUUUCAAGCAGCCAAUGAUCGUUCGCAUCGUGCUGUGGUAUUUCCACUUGGGUUGGUUCCUGCUGGCGCUAGCAGCUGUCAAGAGUAUCGCCGGUCCGAGCCCUCGCCCUUUGUUGCUGAUCUAUCUUGGGUCGUGAUCAUAGCACGUCAGUAUAUCAAUCAUCAAAGUAGAGCCAUGCCAUGGCACUAUCAACUAGGGCCAUGUGUUUCCGUCAUAUAGGCGGGAUUGACUCCAUGAUAGCAACAAGUCGCUAUCAUACAAGACGCCAACUCCAUCUCUCUCAAUCUCUCCUACGCUAGAGAGAUACUGUAUAGGACUACUAUACAACACGGCUAUCACGGGCCUCGUUGGCGG